AGAAGAGAAAAGAAGGGGAGAAAAACUAGAAGCGGAGAGGAGAGUGCGCCGAGCUGACCAUGAGAGAGCGAAGAUAGAUGAGAAGAGAAAGAGCGCUAGAGAAAAGACACCAGGAGGAGAGAAGAAGAGAACACCACAGGAGGAGGAGAAGAGGAGAUCCCUGGAAGAUAAAGAGAGAAGGGAAAGGAGGAGACUAGCGGAGAGGGAGAAUAGGAGAAGUGCGGAGAAGGAGAGGAGACGCAGUAAGGAGAAAAGCGCCAGUCCGGAGAAGAGAAAUAAGGAAGAGAACAGGAAGAAGAGAGAGAGAAGUCAGGAUAAGGAUAAUGUGAGCCGCGCCAUUCCUUUGGGGAAGAGAAUAAGCACCAGCAGUAGCACCAGCAGCACCAGCGGGGGGAACAGCAGAAUGGUGCAACAGAAGGGCAGUAGCAAUGGUGACGGGGAGGAAGGAGCACCAGGAAGAGCGGAGUUAGAAAGACGAGAGCGCAUUCAGAGGUAUAAGGAUGAACGGCGGAAGCAGAUGGCGGCCAGGUACGGCCAGGUGGAGUGGUCAUCCUCAGAGGAAAGCGGCGCAGGGGAGGAGACCUAUUCAGCCUACAGGAGGAGGCGCCGCAGGGGAGGCCGAGACACAAACACGUCAUCCAACACCGAUCUAUCCACCCACGAGGCCCCCAGGCUUCAGGAGAACGGAUCGCCGCCGGAGGGUCGUGGGCGGCGUGUCGUGGGCGGCUCAUCCUCGGAAGACGUGGUGGUGAGUGCUGGCGUAGGCGUGAGGUCAACCCGCACAUCACGUCUUCGUCAGGCCGCCCUCGCCUCCUCCUCCACCACGAACAACAACAACAACAAUAACAACAACAACUACAACAGUGCCAGCAGCAACAACAAUAAUAACAACAUAUAUGCAGAGGGUGUGGGUGAGAGAGGCCGCGGCGAGGCGUCCCCCGACCUGGCGCCCCUCAAGAGGCUCCCGGACCAGGCGGAGGGGAGGAUGUGCGUGGACUCGGCGGACUCGCCCCUGAGCGGCAGCGACGGGAGAGGAGGGCGGCGGCACGCGGGCAGCUCGGACAAGGACAAAUCUCAUAAGAGGAAGUCCAACCUGAACCGGAGCACCACCAGCGAGGUCCUGCCGCCCACCUCUGACCCUCUCCCCGCGGCGCAACACAACGACAGCAACGAGGACACGCCGAGGCGAAGGCGGCGUCGAGGGCCUUUGUCACCAGUGGGCGGCGGCGGCGGCCUCUCGGUAUCGGGAGCCGAGCCUCUCAAGACGCCGGAGGUGGUGCGUCAUGUGGUGUCGCGCCUCACACCCCCAGUCACCGCGCCCACGCAGCCCUCGGCCCUCUCCAGCAGCCAGCAGCCGUCCCUGCAAUCCUCCGCCCCAGCCCACACCUUCCAGCCCAUCCAGCCCGCCGCGAUCCCAGACUCCACGCACUCGGCGCCAUCCACCCUCGACUCCCGCGCCAGGCAUGCACAAGAUUGCGGCAGUCGUCGCUUGAGUGGGUCGCUAGGCAACGAGACAGAGGAAGGCGUGCGUAAGGUGCCACCUAAGUUGGCGCCGCUGAAGAAGCCCGACAUCCCUGAUGUUUUACGUCCCAAGGACGCCACAAGUCUCGCCUCGCCCGGGGUAGUGAACACCCCGCCCAGCUCCAGACCUUCCUCCGUGGUAUUUGACAAGCCACCGCUUGGACCCGAGGGACAGCGCCCAGUCACCCUCCGCACCUCCCUCAGGAAACCCACAGACAUCGGUACGUGUUUUAUGGCAGCUCGGCGGGAAAAGCGUGACGAUUCGAAGCCUGAAAACGUUUUCCGCGACCAGCUGCAGCGACCCAAGAAGGGAGACAGAUUGUCUCAGUCAGACAUGAAUCUGAAAAUAGAAAGUAGCUUCUCCGGGAAGCAGGACGAUCUUCUCUCCCCCGGCAGCUCAGACUUAGAAGUCGCUUGCAUCUCCGCCUCAUCCCUCACCACCGCCACGUCCUCCCCUGCUCUCGGCAGCGAGGAAGUCAUGAGCAGCCGUCUGGAGGCGCUCACGGCUAGGGCAAAGGAGACUAUGGAGCGAGCGGACCGCCUGGGUAAGGACAGCACCCCGCCGCCUCCCGAGAGCAGCCCUCCGGAAGACAGCGCCGACAGCAUGGUGCACGAGUGUGAGCAAUACCUCACGGUGAACGCCGGCCGGAAAGAAUUGAGUGGGGGCGUGAGGCCACGGGAGGUGGUUUCCAGUGAAGCGCGCAGUGAUAAUAUACAGUCCCCGACAGUCAAGAAGGGAGUUAUUUCAGACACGGGUCAGAAAAACUGGGUCGGGGGCUCUGAAGGACGUGGUAAAGAAAGUAAGCGGUUGGCUAUGGAGAAAGAAGUGAAUAAGGAAAUGAAGCGAGAGCCUAGCCAAGCAGCAGAACCACUGAAGAUGACUGCUGCCUCCGCUGUGCCUUCAGGGCCCCCGGACCUUGCAACGUUAGGAAGUGAUAACUUGAGCCCCCCGCCAGAAGAAGUGGUGCACGGCCUCCGUCACGUGGGCUACGCUGAUGAGGACGUUGGCUCUCCUGAGUCUGUUCAGAUGAGGAGUCCCGACCAUCGCAGCAGCAGCAGCAGCAGCGGUAGCAAGCGAAGUUCUCGACGCUGUUCACUCGACGGAGACACGCCCCAGGCAGUUUCUCCCGAUCCCCAGUCCAUCCUGAAGCGGCGCUCGUCCCGGGAGGACGUGACUGUAGAGCGACCCACCACGCCGGAGCCUCACAGCAUACUGAAGCGGAAGACCAGCUCCCGCACGUCCAGCAUAGACAUCGUGGAGGGGGAGCCGAGACCCAUCUUGAAGAAGAAGAGCAGUGUGGAGGAACUGGACCACUUUGAGCCAAGACCGAUCCUCAAGAAGAAGUCGUCUACGGACGACGAGCUGGAUGACCGACCGCGCUCCAUCCUGAAGGGAGGACGCAGCAGAGAGGACCUCGACCUCACAGAAGGCUUUGUGUCGCCUAACCCCAUUUUGAAGCGGUCUCCCCGUUGUGAUAGCGAGGGGGAAGGGGAGCUGCGGCCCAUCCUUAAAAGGAGGGACACAACUGACGGUGUUCGCCUCCGACUCCACGUGUCUGACGGCGAGGACGUGGAGGGUGAAGUGCCUAGUGUGAGAGUAAGGAGUGACUCUGCGCCCGAGGCUGUGAUACGUUUAAGAGGGCACUCUCCUCCUGCAUUGUCGGCCACGCCCUCGCAUGGCAUCCUGAAGAAGCGCGGCGCACAUUCCCCAGGACGUUUCGACCAGAUGGACAGCGAACUGGGCGCCAUCCUGCGUUCCCGGAGGACGCAGGGUGUCAGUGAUGCAGACAGUGAUAGUGAAGCAACGAAUCGUCCCCAGAGCCCCUCCCUCCUGGCGCUGACCAAGCGCGAGGAGUCCUCCAGCAGGUCCGGUGAACGGCCUCUCAGUGUGGCUGAGCGGGUGGCAGGCAUGGAGGCUGCCCGCCAGGAACCCCCGCCCCCCGCCGCAUGCCGCUCACCCACCCCCACGCGUAGCCCAGGCGCGCGGCCCAAGCAAACGCCGUCCUUCCUUGACCGCCCCCCCACGCCCACCGAGAAGGGGAGAGAUAAUCGAAGAAACAGUGCCUUCGCGCUGGUGGCAGAGCCGUCUCCAGGUGACGGUACGGAGGCCAUCAAUGAGGCUUUCUUGGACCGUCCAGUGACCGAGGCCUACAACAGUGCCAUAUUCCCCAACGAUGAUGCCGCCCCCACCACGCCCUCUGUGGUGUCGCAGAAAGCUGCCUUCUUUGCCCAGUUGGAGCGUGAACAAAAGACUUCCCCAGACACGUCCCCAUCCAGGCCAGGCCACACCAGCCGCUUCAGCAGCCGCCGGGACAGAGGCACCAGGCAUGCAACCCAACCAGUCACAGAAGAAGAAGUCAAUCAGGCUUCCAGGUUGGCUGAGGCCUCAGACUCCGCCUCCCAUGACUCAGAUUCGGCAGCGCCCCGCCGAGAAUCAUUGCCUUGGAAGAGCAGCACACCGCAAGACACUAGUGGCACUCAAAGCAGCACAAACAAGACUGGCACCAGUAACAGUGUGGGUGCCAGAGUGGCCCUGUGGACAAAGAGACUUGAGGAGGAACGUUCUCCCGUCCCUCCUCUCGAUGGAGCUCAGAGUGUGCGCCGCAGGACUCGGGCCACACGCUUCAAGACACAGCCAGUGACCAUGGAGGAAGUGGCCCAUGCUCAUGCCCUAAACAGCCAGGUCAUCCGCACCCACUCAGGAUCCCUUGAGGAACAGGAAAUAGCGAGUGGCUUCCGGGCGGCCCGUGAGGCUGUCCUGAGGAAUUCAGCCGAAGUGAUGCAGGGCCUCACUCCCGGCUCCUCCCCAAGGCGACGCUCCAGCAGCAGGAAAACAUCCGUCAACGAGCCUGAAGAGGACUUGUCAUUAGAUCCUGUCAGGGGAAUCUUGAAGCGGGACGGAUCAGGAGGCUCUCGGGAGGUGCCACGUGACAGUCCCCGCUCCAUCCUCAAGCACUUCUCAGACGCCCGCCGUUCUUCCUUCUCUGAGUCAGAACACCCACGCGGCAUCCUUAAGUCAGAGAGUCCCCUGCCGCCACCCAUCGGCUCCCCAGAACACGAGGCCAAGCUCCUCAGAGGAGUGCUGAAGAAGGACUCUAGUUUGGAGGACUCUAAGGAAAUAAAGUCCAUCCUAAAGCCUGAGUCCCAAUCCCUGGAGCGUGACCACUCCUCUGACUCCUCUUCAGACGACGUGACGCUCACCACCGGCAACGCUGCUCAAGGUCCGGAGUGUGACAUUGCCGACUCCAUCCGAGACAUCGACCCAGUGCGGCACAAGGAUGACCAGUACAAGGGUGAUGUGCCCCACAAGGCUGACCCCUACAAGACCGAGCACCACCGCGCUGACCUCGCUGAGGCACUGAGGCACGUUGAGCCCAUCAAGUCCAGGGACGACCUUGCUGAGGCUCUGAGACAGAUUGAGCCCAUCCAUUCCAAGGAGAGGAGCAGAGAACGAGAAGACCGAGGGAGGGAAGAAAGCCUGUCAGUCAGCGUUCGAGAGUUUUCCUCCACGUCCAAAGUCACCACCACCAUGGGGACUAUGGUGGCCACUGCCUCCGUGCCACCUCAGGCCCCGGCCGUCACCAAUUCCUCAUCGUCCACGUCCGAGAACGAGCUGAAGAUUAUCAAGAAUGAGGCGAUAAUGAGGCGGAAGACCAACCAUGCCAGAAAGUACGACGAGAGGCGGAGCAUGGUGGAGCUACGGAGCAUUGAGAGGGCAACAGAUGUCUCCUCCUCGCCCACCAAGAUGCUAGUGAAUCCUCCUCUUCCUCCUCCUCGGAGUCCUCAGAGGGGCAGGUGAAGACGUCCACCACCACCGCCACCACUACCACCACCACCAGGUCCUACAUCGGCUCAGACAUGGACGCCUCCCAGAUCCUACGUCAGAGUCCUAUCUUCAGAAACAAAACGUCUUCACCCUCACCUGAGCAAGGAAUUGGAG